UCCCUCAAACUACUACUUUUUUCAUUGUUUUUCUUUUUUUACCAGAUUAAAGCGUAUAUUUUUUUUUUUCAUUAAUGGCUGAUCUUAUAGACGAGCGUGGCAACCCAGUUCAACUCACGGACGAACAUGGAAACCCGGUCAAACUCACAGACGAGCACGGCAACCCUGUGCACGUAACCGGUUUGGCUACAAAGGACGAUAGCACCGUCGGAACCGGAGCAUAUAAAGGUGUGCCAGGUCUGGGAAAUGAAACAAGAGGUGAGUAUAUAGCUGCUGUUGGUGUUAUAUCAGGUCAAAGUGUGUGCGGGACAGGUGCACUGGCCACUGAACCUCCUGGUCUUUAUGGAACUGCUGGUGGUGGGUUAGGAUUAGCUGAUCAGACCGGUGUACAACAACAGCUUCGUCACUCUGGCAGCUCCAGCUCUAGCUCGUCUGAAGAUGAUGGACAAGGUGGGAGAGUUAGGAAGAAGAAGGGGCUAACAACGAAGAUAAAGGAGAAACUGAGCGGUACUGGGAAGAAUAUGGAGGAGCAGCAGCAGCAUCAUCAGCAGGCCACCACGAACCCUUACCCCGGAACCACCACAACUGUGACUCAUCAUGAGCAUGGAAAGAAAAGCAUGAUGGAGAAGAUCAAGGAGAAAUUGCCUGGCCACCGUACUACCCACUGAAUCACGUACCAUAUAUAUAUAUAUAUGUAUAUAUAUAUGAGCAUUGAGCGCGCAGUUGGUGUGUAUAAGCUUUGUGUUAAUUUGUUUGCUUAGGAGUGAAGUUAUUAAUUUGGUUUGUAUUAAGCUUUUUAUGUUAAUUUUUGUGUCUUGUUUGGGAAAUAUGUCCCAUUAGCUAGCUUUGUUGGAAACUGAAAGUUAUUAAAUCGAACCACCGAAGGAAUAUGAAUCCCAAUAUUUUAUAAAGAA